AUGGAUGGAAAGGCGCCAGGAGAACAGGGCACUGGGUUGGCAGAUGUGUUCAGGAGCCUGGCUGACGUGCCUGAGGAGCGAUUGCUAAGCCUGACCUUCCAGCUGGGGAGGAGCCCUGGGGAGGUCAUAGUCCAUGCUUUGUGUCUCCUCAGGCUCCGCAGAGAGCAACAGGGCCUCGCCAAGCUCGGCAUGCUGAAGGAACGCUGCCUUGCUAAUCACCUGGCUGAAAAGUGGCGCACGAGUGGGGGGCAGUGGGAGGACUUCAGAGAUAAAUGUGGUGCUUUCCAAGCGGCUGGGGAAGAAACACUGGCUAGCCUGGCCAGAAUAUUCAAGGUGCUGUCGGAGCAGAGGCUGUGUGACCCACUCCUGAGAGAUUUGGCAUAUUUUAGAGCCCUCUCUGCUAAUGGACAAAAAACAAGUGACCAUACAGAAUACAAGAGCAUUGAGAAACUAAGAGAAGAGGCUGAAUUUGUAUGUGGAGCUCAGUUUGCAGAGUGGAUGUGCUCCUCCAGGAAGUUCCUUUCCGGGUCUCUCCGUAAUCCUGAGGACAGCACGAGUGCAACUUUAAAACGACCACCAUCUCAGGAUGAAUCACAGAGUCAUCACAGUCUGUGUGGUUCAUUACAUACCGACUCCUCCAUAGCUUCAUAUCCUACUCAUCUAGAGAUUAGUUUACCCCCAACAGCCCCGUUUCAACGGGACACAGUUACUCCAGUGAUGCCGGAUCAUGCCCAGCCGCGUAGAAACCUCUCCCUCGUGAAUGAAGAGAAUGUGAAAAGCAACACAUCUGGGCCUUCCAACUCACCCGCGGGAGCUCACGCUGAACGAAAGGACCUCUCCGUGUUAAAAUCUCACAUGGAUUCAAAGACAGACGUUCGUAGCUUCACAACAUUAGUAGAGAAGGACAAUAAGUCGGAUGGACAUGUCACAGGGAAUCAGAAGAAAACCGCAGUGCCACUCAUUGAGACAAAACCAGCACUUAUUUCAACUGAACAUCUUCCACCCACCAUCAGUGUUCCCAAAGCAGCUUAUGAAAAGACUAUUAUAGAGGAGGAGGAGGAGGAGGAGAAAAUAUUCUACUCAUUCGUUAUCCUACAUGCAGCGGAGGAUUUCGAUAUGGCUGAGAGUAUGAGAGAAAGACUGGAGUCCCUCGGUGUUGGCACUGGGGCGACUUACAGUGAGCACUUUGCGAUUCCGGGCAAGGGCACUCUGAUGUGUGUGGAGGAUGCCAUCAAUAACUCGGCCUUUACCAUUCUGCUGCUCACGCGCAACUUUAAAACACGUCUGCUUGAGGUGGAGACAGAGUCGGCCCUCAUCAACUCUAUGAAUCACAAACACAAAUUCAACACUGUUAUUCCCCUGCUGCCACAGGAAAACUGCAUGUCCAAACAGAACAUGCCCAUGAUUCUCCAGGCGGUGGUUCCUCUGGUGGAGAACAAGAGCUUCGACAAGAGGAUAAAAAAGGCCCUUUCGCCGGCCAGAAUCGAAUCUAUGAGGCGAUUGUGGUUCGAGGAGCAGAGGGUGAAAGACCAGGUGAGGAGACAGGAAACACUUAGACUUUCAAACAGACGCCAGGAACAGCUGAUUCGCGAGCAAAAGAAAGCGAAAGCACUGGAGCAAGAAAAAAUCAGACUUCUUAUAGAGCAACAGCUUCUCAUACAUGGUCCACCGCUGGACCCUCGGAAUGCCCCCUACUAUCCUGCUUCAUACGCGGACGCCUCUGGGAUACCGCCAGCGGUUGGUGGGGAUGGCAGGCUUUGGUGGCCCCCACAGUCAAGUAUUCACAUCGAAAAUGCCAAGUACAUUAUGAUAGGCAAUGACUCUCAGAUGACCGUUGAACUGAGUGGCGUUAAUGAUGAUGGAUUGGCUGAUAGUGAAGACAAAGAAUGA